AUAAAGGAAAGGAAAAUAUGGGAGGGGGAGCACGUGAGAAGCUCGUGACGAUUCAAGCAGUCUUUUACUACUCAGCUAAUUCACCAGGCAGCAAGCAGAAAGUCGAGAGCGAGGCGAGAGAAGGAAAUGGCACUGAGAGCAGCCGUCCUCAGCCACAUUCGGCUACCCGUCGGAACCCUAACUGCAACCAGAUUAAAUCGGCUGCAAUGGGGUCUCUGCAAUUCACUCCGGUUCUUUUCAUCGCACGACGAUCAUCUAACCAAAGAAGAGGUCAUCGAGAGAGUCCUCUCCAUUGUCAAGAGCUUCCCCAAAGUCGAUCCUGCUCAGGUGACACCUGAUGUGCACUUUCAGAAGGAUUUGGGCUUGGAUAGCUUGGACAACGUGGAGAUUGUAAUGGCUUUGGAAGAGGAGUUCAAGCUAGAGAUUCCAGACAAGGAAGCUGAUAAGAUUGACUCGUGCCAUCUUGCAAUUGAGUACAUAUAUACCCAUCCGAUGGCUAGUUGAUUUUAACCAGAUUUUCUCUUUUUGAAUUUCAUGCUGGAUAAAACAGUGUAGUACCCUGUUUUGUUCCGUUUAUCAUGUGCUGUAUGCAUUUGAUUCUCUUAAUGGGAUUUCAAAUUUUUGGUGGCUGUUUUCAUAAUGGGAUUUCAAAUUUUUGGUCAGUAUGUUAGUCAGGUGGCAUCAGAACCUGCACAGUUCAUGACUUUGUUAUGCUCCUAUGCCAAGCACAUUGAUGUUCAAUCUGCAAUAAAUCAGCCGUAUUGGA